UUGUGGGCGGUUACCAACAGACAGCUGGGCCGUGUGAUGUUCAAGCAUCCUAGUGACUACCCACACACUCAGUUUCCGUCACGCCAUUUUCCGUCGACGGCUGAGAGGCUCAAGAAAGCGGGAGAGUCGUCGAUCAUUUGUCCUGUGAAUAUCAGCAAAUACGACACAGCCAUGCACCGUGACUGCCCCCUCGACUGCAAGGUCUAUGUCGGAAAUCUGGGCAACAAUGGAAACAAGACAGAGUUAGAGAGGGCGUUUGGCUACUACGGACCCCUCCGCAGCGUUUGGGUGGCCCGGAACCCCCCAGGCUUUGCCUUUGUCGAAUUUGAAGAUCCCAGAGAUGCUACGGACGCCGUACGUGAACUUGAUGGAAGGACAUUGUGUGGCUGCCGGGUGCGGGUGGAGCUGUCAAAUGGCGAGAAGCGUAGUCGCACCCGAGGCGCACCCCCGUCGUGGAGCAGGCGUCCUAGAGACCGAGAUGACUACAGGCGGCGCAGCCCACCGCCCAGGCGAAGAUCUCCUCGCAGGCGAAGCUUCAGCCGCAGCCGAAGCAGGUCUUUCUCCAGAGACAGGAGGAGGGAGAGGUCCCUCUCCCGGGACAGGAACCAUAAACCUUCUAGGUCUUUUUCUCGAUCAAGGAGCCGCUCCAGGUCCAACGACAGAAAGUAA